GCCGCCUCCAUUGUUGUUGUGGUCUCUUCUCCAACGUCCGCGGCUCAGAGAGCCGGCCCUGUCGCCUCCCGCCGCCAUGAAGUGGAUGUUUAAGGAGGACCACUCUCUGGAACACAGAUGCGUGGAAUCCGCGAAGAUCAGAGCAAAGUACCCCGACCGGGUUCCGGUGAUCGUGGAAAAAGUCUCAGGAUCUCAGAUUGUUGACAUUGACAAAAGGAAGUACUUGGUUCCUUCUGACAUCACCGUGGCUCAGUUCAUGUGGAUCAUCAGGAAAAGGAUUCAGCUUCCUUCUGAGAAGGCGAUCUUCCUGUUUGUGGACAAGACGGUCCCACAGUCCAGCCUAACUAUGGGACAGCUUUACGAGAAGGAAAAAGAUGAAGAUGGAUUCUUGUAUGUGGCCUACAGUGGAGAGAACACUUUUGGCUUCUGAGGGCCAGUGCUGAGGGUCA